AUGGCUGCCACAAUUAGCAGUGCGAAAAUUGUUACAUUUGCUUUCCGAGUGAAAUUGCCCACUAACACUGGAGUUCAGGUGAAUAAGAACUUGUCUCUUCGAUUGCUGGGAACCAAAACCCACAACGGCGUUUACCACGUCCACAUGAAGCCCAAGAUGACCAUACCGCUCAAUCUUCCCAUGGAGAUGCUGCAGCUAAACCCGGAGGUCAAGGUGAUCCGGGUCCUUGAGAAAAACGCAACAAGCAACGAGCCGCAGGUGGCUCUUCUCCAGAUCAACGUGAUGGAUCACGUAAACAUAGACUUGAAUGCCAGCCUGGCCGGAAAGCCGGGAAACCCGUUCACGGGUCCCUUUCCCGAGGAGAAGUGCACCUUCUUCGUGGCCGCCCGCACCAAGGACGGCUAUCGACGCGCCUUCCUAUUGGAUCACAUUGUGAAGCCCACGCCCACGUUCUUGGUUUACGAAAUGGAUGAGGGUCGAGUUUCUGUCACCACCGAACUGAGACGCAUUCCCAGCGAGCUACUCGGUCUGCCCAUCCGAGUGUUUGCCGCUCAGCUAAAGGACUCUGUUCCAAAAGAGCUUGAGACUGAUGGCGCAGAUCUCACGGUCAAGUUCAAGUUGGAUAACCCACCGCCCAAGGAAAAAUUGCGCGCCGCCAACGCUGCCUUGCUGGCCAAGGGCGAGCAGAUUUGCAUGGCCCGACUGAGCACUUUUCUGGGUCAGAUUUCAGAUUUAGGGCACAAGUUCUGGCGCGAACCCAUCGACAAAAAUGACACCGUGUUCAUCACCCAUAUCGUUAGUUACAAGGAGGUGUAUAUUAGCUCUCCGAAUACCAAGCAGUAUGCUUCGAUCUUCAAGCGUCUGGAGUCGAAGUGCACUCCCAUUCAGGAGUCCAGCGAGAUAUCAGUUGGCUGCACUGUGCUGAUUGCCUCAAAGACACUUGGACACUUCCGAGGCGAGGUAUUGAGCACUGACAACGGGGUCUAUAAUGUGAAGAAUGUUGAUACAGGUGCCACCCAAAAUGUGGAAUUGACUUCGAUGCGCAAGUCCUGCCGCUUCCUGGAGAAUCUUCCUGUCUGCCUGAUGCGCGUUCAGUUAAAGAUCGUUUGCAAUAUUCCGGAUGCAGCCGUGCCAGCAAACAAUGCGGCUCUCCAGGUGUUGCACAAGCUGUGCGCCCAGGAGGAAAUGCUUGAACUGGAGAUGGUAGAUGAGAGUACCUCGACUGUGGACCUGCUCUCCAGUUCCGGCGAUCAGCCCUCCUUGGUGACUCGAAUGCUGCCACUGAUGUUCACGCCAGUGCAGGAAAAAGCCAAUGCUGCUCCGCCAAAGGCACUUCUAACUCCGGCAUCAUCUCCGGUUGCUACACCAGCGAAACGCAAGAAGCCGACACCAGUUCUCCCUCCGGAGUCUCCUCCUCCUGUCAGACGGGAGGACUCGGCAACCAACAAUGGGGGCAGCCAAAAGUCUUUCGAACGCUUUUUUUUCAAUGACAUGGCCAAGUAUCUGGUUCCCGUGGGCGACAAGGUCAGCAUCAUCCUCCUGAACGCAGGUGACUUGAAAGAAUCUGGUUACAUCACCGCCUGCUUCUUUAAGCACGGAAAGGAGGCCGAGGAUUUCCAAAAUCUUCUCGAUUCGGUAACGAAGCAAGGAGCGUGCGAUCACAACGUUGUGCCGGGUUAUGUGCCAAACGUUGGCGAGAUUUGCUUGGCGCUCUUCAGCGAAGACACAAACUGGUAUCGCGGAGUUUGCAAGAUUUUUUACUGCGAUUUUGGCAACUUUGAGUAUGUGGAUGUGGAAAAUCUUAAGCCGAUACCCCAGGAUCUGCUUAAGGGCAUCUAUGCCACCAAGUGCUAUAUAGAUGGCUUCGACAAGUCGAAGAAUUUUGCUGCCUUGGAACAUUUCCUCGUCCACCAGAGCGGAGUCCAAUGUGAAGUUAAGGAUGGCCCAGAGCCCGAUACGCGUCUCAUCACGAUUCCCAAUCUGCAGACCAUACUGAAAACACCAAUUCCUAAUUAAACGCAAGCUUCGACUUCAAGUUACUGACAACAUGGACCGCAUUCCUUAUGUUUUAUAGUAUUAAGUGUAUACCAAAAAGACCAUUUAAUACAUUCAUAUGUCGUUCACUUUUUCACAA